AUGGCCUACAAAGGUGUUGUGUUUGGCAUGCCCCUCACAGAAGAAGGAAUAGCCCAGAUAUAUCAGCUCAUCGCUUACCUCAGCAAAAAUCUCCAUGUGCAGGGUCUGUUUCGUGUUCCUGGGAACAGUCUGAGGCAGCAGACGCUGAGAGAGCAGCUCAACAGCGGAGCCGAUAUCGACUUCGCCGCCGGUGACUUUCAUCCCAAUGACGUGGCCACGCUCCUCAAGAGCUUCCUGGGGGAACUGCCGGAGCCCCUGCUGACCCACCGCCACCUGCACGCUCACCUGAAGAUCACAGAAAUGACCACGUUUGACGAUGAAGGCAACAAGACGAGUUUUCCGGAUAAGGAGCGUCAGAUCGAGGCCCUGCAGCUCCUCCUUCUGCUUCUUCCCACCGCCAAUCGAACACUCCUCAAGCUGCUGCUGGACUUGCUCUACCACACCGCCAAACAGCAGGACAAAAAUAAGAUGUCUGCGCACAACCUGGCACUCAUGUUCGGCCCACACGUCAUCUGGCCCAAGAAUAUGAAUGCCAGUGACCUUCAGGAGAACCUGAAGAAGCUCAACAGCGGGAUGGCGUUUCUAAUCAAACACUCACAGAAGAUCUUUAGGGCUCCAGCAUAUCUGAGAGAACAUGCCAGACUCCAGUUCGCAAACACCAAAAUCCUUCAAUCCAAGGAUGAUCUGGAGCUGUUGUCUGUCAGUGGCUCUCCGUUCAUCAGCGCGUGUAAGAGGAGCGGAGAGAGAGUUCGCUUAGACUCAGAUAACCACACAGAAGAGGCGCUGAAAGAGCUAUGCAGACACGUCUCGGAUAACAUGCCUAACUCCGCCAAGAAGAAGAAGCUCAUCAGACAGCUUGGCAAGCCGUCGACCCCUGGGACACCUGUCAAUGAGAACCUGACGCUUAGCAGUAAGAAACACGCGCGCUCGCGCUCCUUCGGCGGUCUCAUCAAGAGGAAGGUUUUGGGAGGUCAGCCGGCAGACAGGAGAGGGCGACACGUGUCUCCUCAGAGCGCUGCAGGUUUGGGGAAAGAGAACGUCAGCUCUGAGACAGCCAUCUGAACUCCACACUGCCAUCAGUUUCUUUGACACUAUUGUGAGUUCUGCCCGGAUACAGCAGCCCAUCACAGACAACCAGAGGAGAUAGGACGCAUC